AUGAGUUAAUCAUGUAAAUUGUCACUUUCUACUCUCAAGGGUUAGCAGCCAUUGUUUCCUAACAUUUCAUAUAAAACUUCUGAGUCUCCUUCAAAAGAUUUGAUUCCCCUCACUAAUUAUAUGUUAUUUGAAUAAAAGUAGGAUAAAAUAAAUGCUAAUCGAAUGAAAAGUGGUAAUUAGCUGAAAAAUGAAAGAGUAGAAACUAUCUCUAGAUAUCUUCGUUAAUUAGUACUCACGAAGAAAAGUUUUAAUCAAGAUAUAUCGAAAAUAUAAGACAAGGAUAAAAUAACUGAUUCCAAGGAUACAAUUUCAAAUUCUGAGGAAUCUACUUUGUCUUUUCAUAACCUAAAGAAAAUCGAUGAUAAAUUCCGCAAAUAAAUGUUUUAAAGGAUUAGUAAAUCAUGUAAAGAUCUUACUGUUUAAGGUAAUUAAGACAACUAAAUGCAAAAUCAUUGCAUCGUUGAAUUAGACUAAGAGCAAGAAGAUUGCGAACGCAAUAUUUCUCAUGUUAUUAAGAAUUAAAUAAAUAUCUCACCAAAUUUAUAUAAUAAUUUCAUACAUAAUAAAAUUUAAAAGUUAUCACCAUAAAAUUAAUAAAAUGUUGUGUUGGACUUUAGUUAAUAAAAUAAAGAAUUUCGAGAAAAGAAUACCCAAAUUAUACACAUGAUUAGGAAUGUUCAGCAAAAUAUUUUCAGACAAAGAGAGGAGGAAAGGUUAAAUUUGGAUAAAGAUUAUAAAAUUUAAAAAGUUCAAAGACAAAAGGAAAGAAAAGAAGGAUUGCACAACGCAUAAGUAGGUUUGAAAGAUCGAAAAUUAAAAUUAUUGUUAAAUGCUCUUAAAGGAUCUUAAAGUAAGUAGAGUUAAGAUCCUUUAGUAUUAAAUAUUAAAAAAAAAUAAAAUAAUAUGGGGAACUAAUCAACAAUUAUAAGUAGAUAGAAUUCCUUUUAAUAUUAUAACUUAAAUUGUAUUACUGACAAAUAAAAUGAUGAUAAAAUGAUCAGAAAAUUUUCUUAGGUUUCUGAUGUUUGUAGUUCUGAAACCUCAUUAGGCUCAAAUUGUUAUAUAUGUAAUAAAUUGAAAAUAAUCUGUAGAAUUUCCACGAAAACUUUCCAAAGCCACUUGAUUAUCGAUUAUUAAUAUUCUAUAGAUUAUCAUAAAUUCGUUUAUUUAAUAAGUUUAUUGGAAAAUAAAUAAAAAAAAUAAUAUCUAAUGUCUGGAGAGCUACCUAAAAUCACUUCUAAGAGUUUAUUUUCUACUUAUGUUGAAAAAAAGAAUGCAGAAGAAGAAUCUCUAAAAAUUAGGAAUAGAAUUGAUUAAAUACGACAAGAACGUGAUAAAAUAUUAAAGAGAAUAUAGUCUGAAGAGUUAAAGGCAGAACAAAUUUACAAACAUAGAUUGGAACUAUAAUUAAAAAAAGAAGAAAAAAUCAGAUAGAAGGUGGAAGCACCUCCUCCUUUUUCUUUAGGUGUUUCUAGAGCAUAGAGAGAGACUCUAAAGAGAAUAAAAGAAGAAAUGCUUCACAGAAAGAAAACAGAAGUAAAGGAAUUUAGAAGUUGGCAUCGACAUGAUUUAUAGGAAACUAGAUUAUAGAAAAGUUUAGAUCAUGAAUCUUAUCGUUCUAAAGUUCUUUAAGGAAAGGAAGAAGAGAGAUAGGCUAAUUAAAAUACUUUAGAGAAAUUGAAAGAAAGACGAAAUAGAAUUAGAUAUGAAUUAGAAAUAGAAAAAGAUCGAAUUCAAAGAGAGAAGAACGAGUAUGAUUAAAAGAUUCAAGAAUUAGAAUAAUUGGAAUAAUUAGAAUUAGCAAAUUUGUAGAAAACUCUCCAAAGACAAAAUUAAGCAAAAGAAAAGGUUAAUUUAGCUUAAACUUUGCCACCUAAAGAAUUGGAAGCUAAAUUUGGUUAUAAUUCUACAAGUUCAUGA